CGACAACAAAGGCGCCGCAAGAAAAACACGAACAUUUUACUGUUAUUAUUAAAUUUAUUCACCAUUUUACCGUAUAAAUAUUUGUGAUGAUGGGGAUCAAUGAAUUGGAAAAUUUGAAAUACCACGAGCUACAAAAGCUGGCGAAGGCGAAAGGGAUUCGGGCUAAUAUGAAGGUUGAAAAGUUAAGAAAAGCUUUAAAAGAUCAUUAUGAAAGUGAUGCCAGUAACACUGCUACAGACCAUGGUUCAUCAAGUUCAUCAACUGAACAGGAAUCCAAGAAGCAAAAUUCUCCAAAAAUUAAAAAAUCUCGUGGUCGAAAAGAUGGAAGGAAGAAGAAAGAUAUUGACACAUCAAAUGAUGAAGAUACAUCUAAUGAAACAAAGACUAAUGAAGAAGAACAAGCUGUUAGACAGACAAGAAACAGAAAAACUAGAAAAAGUAAAAAAUCCAAAAAGGGGGAAGUCGAGUUGAAAUCACCAGUGCCAAAAAAACCUGUCAUAGCUUCAAUUAUUAAAUCUCCCUUUGCCAGUAUCAAAUCCCCUGCUGUAAGAAGGUCAACAACAAUAUUGGGAGUCAAGUCUUUGAAAUCAACGCCGACUACAUUUAAAUCUCCAGUUUGGGCUAAAAAACAACCUAUUCAAUCACCAGCUCUAAAUAAUAAAGCAUUAAAGAAACAACUGGCACCUAAAAGAAAAAGAAGUAAUUCUAAGGAAGAAAAGAAAGAAAACGUAGAGCAACCAGUUAAUGUUGAACCCAGCGCAAAACGUGUGAGAAAAAAUAGUUCUCCACCGAAAGUUAAUACACCAACUAGAACAUCAUUGACUAAAUCCUCACCAUUAAAUAAUACUCCUAAAAAUAACACACCUAAACAAGGCAAGAGAAAGUCUUCAAGUCCUGGUGUAAAAAGUAUGUUACAGGCUAUGGAUGGACUGUCAAGUGAACAGAUGAAAGCUACCUUAUUAGAGGCUUUAGAUAAAAAGGUUGCCGAAAAUCCUGGUACAAGUUCACAAGUCUCUAAUAUUCCAAGAUUCACAGCAUUUGUGGGACAAAAUGGUGAAAAAGCUGAUAAGAAGAAAGCCAACACUCCAGACUGGAAAAAGAUACACAAGAAAGAGUUUUCUAGAUGGGACAAUUUGGAGACGUAUAUGGAGAAACGAAAGAAAAGGGCUGAAGGUUUAACUGGAUCAUUCAAUUCAGUUCAUAAGUUACUGAAAGAGACACAGACAGCUGUUGAUAGAUUGAAAAAUACAAAAACACCUCAGAUUGUGAAACCAGUAAGAAAAGAUUCAAUUCGUUCAUCUUUUCAAUCACCAAAAGGCUUCAAACCAUCAACCAUUUCUACUAAGAAUUUGAAUCUGAAAUUUGGUGCUAACAAGACUCCAGUUGUACAGUCCAACAAUAAAACGCCACGUUCAACCAGUAAACCAACACCUGUUACACCAGUUGUUAGAACUGUCUCAAAUACAUCAAGUGGAGUAAAAAGUACUAAAUCAUCUAAGACGCCUAAAUCUAACAUCAGUAAGAGAUCCGUAUCAAGACAGUCGACAACUAAACCUAAAUCACCAGCAUCACAACAAUCGACAUCUAAACCUAAAUCACCAGCAUCACAACAGUCGACAGCUAAACCUAAAUCACCAGCAUCACGACAUUCAACAGCAAAACCAAGAACACCAGCAGAAACCCUAGUUAAGCCACGAAUAAACAUAAAACCAUCAUCAACUGUUAAAUCAUCACCACAUUUUAAUUCACUAACCAAUAUCACUCACAAAUCUAACAAAUUAUCUAUUGGUGAUGGAUUUAUAACUGGAGGAACCCCUUUGAAAUUUAAAGGAUUGAAUACAUCAGUUUUGAAUAGCUCAAUGAAGAAACCAUCCUUUGAUUUGAAAGCUAGUUUAUCUAGACCUAUGACAUGGAAAGCUCAUAAAGGAAAACUAAAACCCUUAGAUCUCAACACAGCAUAUAAAACAUUAGACAAGACAUCAUAUAAAACACCACAAACACAGACAAUUAAAGACAGACGCCGUAAAGUUGAAGUGAACAGAGCCGAUAAAAAGUUUGAGUCACAAAUGCGUAAAAGAGGAUUAUCUUUGGCUUAAUUUAAAAUUUGUUAUAUUGUUUGUUAUUAUUGUAUGUUAUACUUUUAAAACUACUUUCUGUAAUAGUGCUCUUUAAGCUACUCUAUUCAUAUAAUGUAAAUAUUCAUUUCAUCUGUGCACAUUUUAGUUCAAUUUAGUUUUUACUCUUUACUCCUGUUUCUCAUUAUAUCUCUAAUUAUAUCAAUGUAUAUAUUACUCAAUUAUCUUAAUCCAUUUUUUUAAAAUAUUUUUUGGGGUGUUGGGAGGGGAUAUUAUCCUGGAAAUAUUUCUCAAAAAAUAUAAUAUAAUUUAAUCAGUUUUUAGACAUCAAAAUUACUGUUUCUAGUUGUUGCAAAUAACUCAAAGUUCAAUCGUAAUUUUAUGAUUAGCCUAUCUAUUCAAGUUGCAUCAAAGUAGGUUUUAACCUGUAGGUUCUGAAUCAAUUACAAGCUAUUGUCUGAGCAAAUCAAAAAAAAAAAAUUUUACUUUGCUCAGACAAUAAUGAAUGUAUCAAAAUUAUGAUUUGGGGUCAAAAUCUUAACUCACUUUUCAUAUUUUUAUAUUAAAUUUUACUGUUAUGCUGUAGAUAAUAGGCUUGUAAAGUAAAUACAUCAAUUGUAGAGCAAUAUAGAAUUAUUAAA